UAGAGUGUCCCUUUAGAACAGGAAACACGGCGGUCGGAGAAGUUGAGAAAUCGGGAACCGCAUUACAAUUACCCCAAAUAUUAACAUGGUAUGAACAAUCAAUCCAGGGACUUUAUGAAUCAGGGUGCAUGACCAAAAUAGUUGAACCAUGAAGGUUUUCAGCGGAUGAGAUGGACAUGGCUAUCGGGUUCAUGGAAGCAAUAGCAGCUGAAAUAGCCAUACGCCAAAAUCCGCCAUUCCAUUUUGCUGCUGCUAAUGACAGCGUAAAACUUCAGUGCCACAUCGAUAAGGACGACCCUGCCCUUCGUCAUUAUGUUUUCUGGUAUAAGCAGGCAGCAGGAGGGGUGCCACAGUUUCUCACCAAUUGUUCAGAUGAGCCAAGUGCUGAGCUUCAUUUCAAAUGUAAAGCAAACGGAGCUCAUUUCUCACUGGAAAUCUCAUCAGCCCAGCAGAGUGAUACAGGAAGAUACUAUUGUGCAACAACAUACCGAAUCUAUUUAAUUAUGAGCAAAGGAUCCACACUGACAGUUGGAGACACUUUUACUGAGAAGACAUCAGUGUCAAUUUUGUCUCCCUCCGCUGAUGCUAUCAAGUCAAGACAAAGUGUGCCUUUAAUAUGUUUGGUUUCUGGUGUGACAUCCAGCACAGUUCACAUUUCAUGGAUUAUCUCAGACAACAUUACAAAGGGACUCAUUUCUUACGUGCAAGAAAAGCAAAAAACCUUUAGCAUCAGGAGCCAGGUUGCAGUCUCAAAGGGAGACUGGAUAAGUGGAAGCCAUUUCACAUGUCAAGUUGUAUUCAAUUCUUCAGGAGAGCCAGUAAAUAAAAGUGCUCACUACAGCAAAGAACACACGGAUCUCUCUACUUGUGGAACUUACGCUGUUGUUCUGUCAGUCGUGGCUGUGGUAAUGCUGACUCCAGCACUUAUCGUCCUCUGUAAAGGAGGGCACAAAGAAGAACAGCGCAAAGAGCAACAGAUAUCAGAAGAACAGCAGAACAAUUAUGGAGAACAACUGACAUAUUCUGCAAUCACCUUCCAGUCUAAAGGAAAAAGAAAGAAGCGAACUCAGUGACUUCUACACAAAUCCAAGAAGAGAUUAUGAAAAUGUACAAAUGAGUCUUAUAAGAUGAACUAGUCGAGUUUCUGUUUACUUUUGCUCUCUUUACCUGAUGCUUCAAUUCACAUCGAGAUCACUUUUCUUUAUUUCAAAUGUUUCAUUUUCAUUUUCUGUUUUUCAUUUUGCCUGAUGCAUAUUGGUGGAUUGGUGGUUAAUGCAAGCAAACUGUAUCAUGCACAUGUGGGGUUAAUUCUAUAAUGUCCUCUUGCACACUGAUUGUGUGGGUUACUUAAACAGACCAAAGCUCCUCAGGCAUCCUAAAAAAGACAUUUAUGUUCAGUGAAUUUUAUCAGGUUUUAUCUGGUUAAUAAAGACUGCAAAAGCUUUAAUGCUUUACUUCUCUUGUUACUCCCCACAAAAAGGUAGAUGCUUGAAAGCCACCCAGCAAAGUAGCAUUUUUUUUUGAUGAGCUGAAGGAAGAAUUUUUAGAUUAAUCAAUAGGUAUCACCUGACAUUCUUUUUCAGUAACCCCUUUUUGAGUCCCUUUAUCAGCUUGAAAUGUCCUGAUCAUCCACAUCUCAGCAGUAAAUGAUCUGAUCAAACAAAGAAAAGAGUCAUAGAAAUUCUAACCCUGUAGUCACAGACCUCAAAGCUUCUGAAAUGUUUUCUUCUAUAACUACUAUAAAUUUGCAUUGAAUAGGUAUGAAUAGCUUUAAUCCAGCUCUGUACUUUCAGGCAUACCUCUCAACUGUCCAGAUUUUCACAGAAUGUCCAGAUUGUUUGCCUCAUAUCUUUGAUCUGUCUGUCAUACAGUUUUAGUUUUCUGGCAAAUCAUUUGUAAAUCAUUUAGGAUUGAAGUCAGAAAAUAACAGACAUUAGAGUUUCUGACUUCAUACCCUUCAGAAAAUUCAU